AUGUCAGCGUCGACUCCCGCGCGGCCGUCGCGGCGCGCCGCGACCAGACGAACGGCCAUCGUUGACUCCGACUCCGAAGACGAUCUGACGCCAAGUCCUGAGGAUGCCUCGAGGAAUCCCUCGCCGCGCAAGCGCAAGAGCGUGGCUCCACGGGCCUCCAUCGCCCCUACCCCGGACCUCGCGCCGCCGACUCCGAAGCCGUCCAUGUCUCCCGAAGCGUCGCGGCUUCAAGCCUCUCCCUUGGCCGACAUCACCGCUGCGAGUGUGAAUACCCAGAAUGCAGAUGAUAAUAAGGCCGCCUCCAUCAAGCCUGUCAAGCCAUUCGAUACGGUCAUGGACAAGCCCAUGGAUAUCAUGCUCAAGCAACGAACAGUAACCGCACCUGCUGUUGAGGAGACUUCCGCGCCCAAGCCCCGCAUCGUACUCACCUAUCUGAUCCUCAACAACUUCAAGAGUUACGCUGGCCGUCAGGAGGUCGGCCCGUUCCAUGCUUCAUUUUCAUCCGUCGUCGGCCCCAAUGGCUCGGGAAAGUCCAAUGUCAUCGAUUCCUUGUUAUUCGUUUUCGGCUUCCGUGCCAGCAAGAUGCGGCAGGGCAAGAUCUCGGCCUUGAUUCACAACUCGGCGCAACAUCCUAACUUGGAGUAUUGCGAGGUCGAGGUCCACUUCCAAGAGGUCAUGGACCAGUCUCAGCCUGGUGGCGGCCACGAGGUUGUCCCCGAUUCCGCAAUGAUUAUCUCGCGCAAGGCGUUCCGCAACAAUUCGAGCAAAUACUACAUCAAUGGCAAGGAAUCCAACUUCACGACGGUGACGACGCUUCUCCGCGACCGCGGCGUCGAUCUCGAUCACAAGCGUUUCCUGAUCCUCCAAGGCGAGGUGGAGUCGAUUGCGCAGAUGAAGGCAAAGGCCGCCAAUGAGCACGAAGACGGCCUUCUCGAGUACCUGGAGGACAUUAUUGGAACUUCCAAGUACAAGUCCGCCAUUGAGGAGUCUGCCACCGAAGUCGAAGCGCUGAAUGAAGUCUGCAUGGAAAAGAGCGGUCGCGUUCAGCAUGUCGAGAAGGAAAAGCACAGCCUCGAGGACAAGAAGGACAAGGCCCUCGCCUACAUCCGAGAUGAAAACGAGUUGACCAUGAAACAGUCCGCUCUCUACCAGCUGUUUCUACAUGAGUGCAAUGACAACAUCUCUGUCACCGAAGAGGCUAUCAGCCAAAUGCAAGCCCAGCUUGACGACGAGCUCGAGAAGCACCAUGGAGGCGAGCAGGUAAUCAAGGACCUGGAGAAGCAGUACACCACGGGCACCAAGGACUUUGAGACGCAGGAAAAGCAGACGCAAGCCUUGGUCAAGGAAAUGGCCAAGUUUGAGCAGGAACGUGUCAAGUUCGACGAGAAGCGCAAGUUCCUGGAAGACAAGAAGAAGAAGCUGGAAAAGACGAUCAGCAAUGCCGAGAAAUCGACAGCCGACGCCGAGGAGACGAUCGAGCAAGGCAAUCUGGACAUUGAGACACGGACCCAGGAAGUAGCAGCGCUGGAAGAACAAAUCGCAGCCAAGCAAAAGUCGCUGGAGCCCUGGGUGGAGAAGAUCAACCAGAAGCAAUCCGCGAUUGCUGUGGCAGAGAGCGAAAUGAACAUACUCCAAGAAAAAGCCAAUGCUGGUGCAGUGGCGCUCGACGAGUUGCAGGCCAAGACGACUUCUAUCGAGGAGGCCAAGGCUGCCAAGGCCGAGGAAUUCGAGGCUUGCCAGGCUGAAAAGGAGGAGCUACUCCAAGAGGCCAACAAGAUGACCUCGGAACUGCAGGUGCUCUCAGAGCAGGAACCCAAAAUGCGAUCCAAAAUCUCCAACGCCCGCCAAAAGGCCGACGAGGCCCGCUCGAGUCUGGCAAGCACACAGACGCGAGGAAAUGUCCUGACAGCCCUCAUGCGCAUGAAAGAGUCGGGCCGUAUCGACGGCUUCCAUGGCCGACUGGGAAAUCUCGGUGCCAUCGACCAAAAGUAUGACGUCGCUGUCUCGACGGCCUGCCCGUCGCUGGACAACUUUGUCACAGAGACGGUCGAGGCCGGCCAACAAUGUAUCGAGUAUCUGAGGAAGAACAGCCUUGGCCGCGGCAACUUUAUCUGCUUGGACAAGCUGAGAGCACGAGACUUGUCGCCCAUACAGACACCCGAAGGCGCGCCCCGUCUAUUCGACCUCGUCAAGGCCAAGGAGGACAAGUUCCGCCCAGGAUUCUACCAUGCGAUGCAGGAUACUCUGGUCGCCAAUGACUUGGCUCAGGCCAACCGCAUUGCGUACGGGGCCAAGAGAUGGCGUGUCGUCACCCUCGACGGCGAGCUAAUCGACAAGUCCGGAACCAUGUCUGGUGGUGGCUCGACCGCGAGAAAGGGCCUCAUGUCUUCCAAACUCGUCGCGGAGACAACAAAGGAGCAAGUGACUAAGCUCGAGGAUGACCGUGAUGCGUGGGAAACCAAGUUCAAGGAGUUUCAGGAGUACCAGCGGGAGUGCGAGGGAAGGUUGAGAGAGUUGAAUGAGAAAAUCCCGCAGCUCGACACAAAGAUGCAAAAGAUUGGCCUGGAGAUUGAGAGCGCCACGCGAAACCUCGCCGACGUCCAGCGACGCAUUGGGGAGAAGGAGAUCACCAAACUCAAUGCCGAGAUUGAGCAACUUCGCGGAGAGACCGCCAGCGUCGAGCAGGAGAUCAAGGCGUUGCAAGACAAGAUCAUGGAGGUGGGAGGCGAGAAGCUACGAGCUCAGAGGGCCAAGGUGGAUCGACUCAAAGAAGAAAUCACGUCACACAGCGAAGACAUGUCCAACACCGAAGUCCAGCGAGCCAAGGCGGAGAAGCAAAAGGUCAAGCUCGGCAAAGAUGUGGCCAAGGCAACCAAGGAGAAGGACGCGGCCGUCAAAGACCUAGAGAAGCUCGAGAACGACAUCAACAACCAGGGCGAAAAGGCCGAGGAGCUCAAAAGUCGCGCCGAGAAGGCCGAAGAGGGCCUCGCUGCGACGAAAAAGGAACUGGUGAAAUUCAAGAAGGAGCUGGAUGAGAAGACGUCCGAGCUGAAUGAGAGUCGUGCCGUCGAGAUUGAGAUGCGCAACAAGCUAGAGGAGAACCACAAGGCGCUUGCCGAAAACCAGAAAAGACUGCGCUACUGGGAUGAGAAGCUUUCCAAGCUUGCUCUGCAAAACGUGGAAGAUCUCGUUGGCGAACCGACCCCCUCGGCCCCCGCGCCCGUCGAGGAUGAUGAGGCAACGCGUAACGAAGCUGCCUCGACAACUGAGCAAGACGUUGACAUGACCGAGGCCUCGAACGAGGAGGAUGUUGAUAUGACGGACGCCCCGUCGGAGCAAGAGGAAGCAAAGGCGCAACCCACCAGCCAGCCACACGAACUGCCCAGGUACACCCCAGACGAACUUGCUGGCAUGAGCAAGGAGACGCUCAAGGGGGAGAUUGCGGCGCUGGAGGAAAAGACGCAGAAUGUCAACGUGGAUCUCGGCGUCCUGGCCGAGUACCGCCGCAGAGUCGAGGAGUACGCCGCCCGUUCGUCCGACCUCCAGUCGGCUAUCGGCCAGCGCGACACGGCUAAGAAGCGAUGCGAUGACCUCCGCCGGUUGCGGCUGGAAGGCUUCAUGGAAGGCUUCAGCGCCAUUUCGCUCCGCCUCAAGGAAAUGUACCAGAUGAUAACCAUGGGCGGCAACGCCGAGCUGGAACUGGUGGACAGCCUCGACCCAUUUAGCGAGGGCAUCCUGUUCAGCGUCAUGCCGCCGAAGAAGAGCUGGAAGAACAUAGGCAACCUGUCUGGCGGAGAGAAGACGUUGAGCAGCCUGGCCCUCGUGUUUGCGUUGCACCACUACAAGCCCACGCCGCUGUACGUCAUGGACGAGAUCGACGCUGCCCUGGACUUCAGAAAUGUCUCCAUCGUUGCCAACUACAUCAAGGAACGGACAAAGAACGCCCAAUUCGUCGUCAUUUCACUACGCAACAAUAUGUUUGAGCUUGCCGCGCGCCUUGUCGGCGUGUACAAGGUCAACCACAUGACGAAGAGCGUGACGAUUGAGAAUAAGGACUAUAUCUCGCGGGCUCAGCCGACGCAACGGGCGGCUGGCCCCGGGCAGACAACGACGCUACCUCUGAGGUGA